AUGGUGCGCUCAUGUUCGCAAGUUCGGUUCCGCACCGCACUCGAGCGACUUUCGAUUUCGCUGAAUUUAACCGACUUUGUCAACCUGGUGCAGGGUAUGGUCUCGAACAAUGCAGCCCAAGCGCAGGAGCAGCUUAACGGCGAGGACCUACCGGAUGUGCCGCCGGUAGUAAACGACAAGGCAGCUGACGGAUCCCUGCUGGACGACUAUGUAAACUGUCCACCGGAUGAUGCAAACGACGGUGCUCAAGGGGAGCCAACAUUACCCGACAGCGAUAAAGGACCAACAAAUGUUAUCAGGACGAAGUUCGACGAUUAUCCACCAUUGAUUAAGGUGCGCGAUGACCGCGUGUUGAAAGCGGGAAUAGGAAUGCGGCCUGGUCCAUUCGACGAACCGAAGAUAAUCUACGAUCAGCAAGAUAUUGAGCUGCUGGAUGUUACGGACAGCGUAACAUUGGACGAUGUGCGACGGGUUUUCGUUAAUGUGGCUGAUGACAACAUUGAGGGUUCCGGUGGGGAUGAACCGCAAAAAGAGCCGGAAGUUGUAACGGAGACGCGCGAAGAGAUCCUCAUUCACGUCUCGCAGCAGAAACCACUAAGAAUUGUGGAUUCGAAGCAAGCCUUAGAAGAGAGUGAUGUGGAGGAACAGGGACCUUUGAAGCAUCUGGACGCAAAAACAUUGUACGACCUGUUGGAAGGUGAAACGAGAGAGCAAGGAGUGCGGAAGUAUUUCGAGAACCAUCCGGAUGAAAUUAUUCUGUCGUCACCGGAAUACCCCAACCCGUACCCGCUGGAAUGGAAUGAAAUGAAGAAUUUUUCCGUCGAUGGAGGGCGCGGUGUGCAGAUCACCAUCCACGAUUUGGAUCUGAAUCCUACCACCGACUUCCUGUACAUCCGUGCUGGAAACAUUGAAGAUGUCGAAGAGAAGGGACCGGUGCUGACGGGGACCUACACGGAACCGAUACGGUUUCUGAUCCCUCAAACGACGUACUUCACCAUCCACUUUGUCGCCCAACAAGAUCCGGAUGGUGAACAGAAGCAUCGAGGGUUUCAGCUGUCCUACGCCCCGUUCGGUGAGAUGGUAUCGCCGACGACACCGACCACGACAGAGAUCAUAGUGCCGCAGGAAGAGCUCCAGUGGACGACCAAGGAGAUCGUCAUGACCCCGACGAUGAUGGAACUGCAGAGCACCUGGUCAGAGAUCAAGGAAGCGUUGUCGAACGCGAGCAACAUGUACAUCGAGAGCCGCAACCUGAGCUACAUGCCAAGUCGGCCGUUUGAUGUUAAGCUGCUCGCCCGCAAGUGUCCGGACACAUGGCGUAACCAUGAGAACUGCGUCAGCCUGGAAUUUGCCGUACCGCUGCGUCCGAUUUUAUACGAACCAUCGUACGACGACGACGGGCUGGACAUGGGUUUUGGCAACAAGUUCCUGCAGAAGGGUUUCAUCUCGAUCGUGACGACGGAAGCCACCGAGCCGCAGUACGAGCUGGAUGUAGCGCAUCUGGACGAAAUGUGGAACGAGUUUGGCCAGAUGGCGGUACAACGGGCCGGGUACGAUGGCUACAUUAUGCCCGAAAGUGGCCGCAUUCUGCUCACCUGGAUCGGCAUCAGUCUGGCGAUCGUGGGCACGUUCCUAUUUGUGCUGUACAUGAUUUGGAAGAUUGACAUCUUUAAGGACUACCGACGGAUUUCCCGGACGAGUCACGCCGUGGCGCCGGACGACGACAAGAACGAGCUGAAAAAGAAGGAGUUCGACAUAUCGAUGUUCCCUUCACCCCAUCAGGUAGUGCCAACGUUCUUCCCGACCGGUGAACCUUACGGUCCAGAUGCCGAAGCACAAUACGCGUACGACAACACGACGAUGAGCCAAUGGCCGGAGGACUUCAGCGAACCCAAGUAUCCCGAAACCUCGUUCGGCGGUGGUCCGCCUCAGCGCACCAGCCAGCAGCGGACAACCGGUCUAGCCCGGCCGUACGAACCCGUCUCGCCGAUGGACCUAUCAACCGCUCCGAUGGAUUUUAAUGAUUCCCCCCGAAUGCCGCGUUCGUCGGCUGGCAACAGGGGUAAUCCAUUUUUAUCGCCACCCGGAGGAGGACCACGGACGUCCACUGGCAACCCGCCGCCCGGCCUUCGGUAAUAAACUGGCCGGACGAGUUAAUUAAAAAUAUGCGAAACAACCCCGAACGGUCUUGGCACAUUAAGCGCGACGGGGACGGGUGAGGGCGUGUGUGAUAAGAGUGGACGGUGUGGUCUUGGCGAAAAAUAUAUAACAAAAUUACGA